CGCAUUCGCUGUGACGUCACCCGGGCACCUACCACUGUUUUGUUAGGCGCUUCUUCCCUCAAAGUCCCAGCGGAAGGCAACAUGUCGGUUAGCGACAUGUUUACUCACAUCCAAGGCUCCUUGGGCGCAGACCAGGACGUGCGAGAGGAAAUCCGCAAAGUGGUGCAAGUCCUGGAGCAGACAGCCAGGGAGAUCCUGACAGUUUUGCAAAGUGUGCAUCAGCCAUCUGGAUUCAAGGAGAUUCCUGACAAGUGCACAAAGGCCAGGGAGUUGUUCUGCUUGGUGCGGACUCACAUUGCUGACUUGAAGACCAAGUUUCCAGUGGACCAGUACUACAGGUUUCAUGAACACUGGCGCUUCAUCCUGCAGCGUUUGGCCUUCCUGGCGGCCUUCACAGUCUACCUGGAGACUGAAACCCUCGUCACUCGUGAGGAAGUGGCUCACAUUCUGGACAUUGAGGUUGUGCGAGACAAAGGCUUCCACCUUGAUGUAGAGGACUACCUGGCAGGGGUGCUAAUCAUGGCCAGUGAACUAUCGCGUCUGGCCGUCAACAGCGUGACGGCGGGCGACUACACCCGCCCACUGCGCAUCUCCAGCUUUAUCAACGAGCUGGACUCUGGCUUCCGCCUCCUCAACCUGAAGAACGACCCCCUUCGCAAACGCUACGACGGGCUGAAAUACGACGUGAAAAAGAUCGAGGAGGUUGUCUACGACUUGUCCAUCCGAGGCCUGGCCAAGGAGCCCGAGGGAGAGAAGUAAGUGCCAUCGGAUCAAAGGACACUUUUCCAGGUUCUGAACAAGGGCCCAAAGACAGACAGGGUGUUAAACCUUGCUGUAGUUCAGGGGUGUGUCAGAAAAACCCAAAAAAGGAGCUCUUUUUCAAACAGCAAAACAGUGGCAGGACUUUUGACAGCCCUGCUCUAGUCCCAGGUCUGGAAUCCAUGUUGUUGUAGAUUGGGGCCCUCUGAUGGUUUUGUUCCUAAUAUUGUUUUUUGUAAUUAGCUUUGUGGCUUUAUUUGCUAAAUACUGUGUCUUGUAGAGAAACAAACACCUGGCGUUCUGGUCUGCAUGUGGUUUCUAGUGCUAGUAAGACCUUGUUUUCUGUAGUGUGUCCCGUCUUCACAAUUAUAUUUCUAUACACAACA